GACCCUGGGAGCCCUCGGGAUUGUUCAGGUGAGGCCAAUCUCAGGCACCUGGGGGCUGCAGGCUCACCUUCUCUUUGUGGAGCCCGGGCAGCUGCAAUUUCUCCCAGGGGCCUUAAGAGGGGAAUGCUGAGCUCCUGCGUCUUCUCUCUGUUGUUUCCUGUCAUGCCAGGCUGGAGGAAGUGGGAGGUGGGGCCGGAGCACUAGCAGCCGCGCCUCAACCACUGGGAGCCAGGCCGGCCAGCAGUGGACAGCGACCGGGCCGGGUUCUGCAUCCCUGCAGGUUCCCUCAGUGGCUCUGAAGAUGGUACGGAUCUUAGCCAAUGGGGACAUUGUACAAGAUGAUGACCCUCGAGCCCGGGCUAGUGCCCCCUUUCGGAACAUCACUUCUAGGCAGAACUUUUUCACCAGAGGAGAAGGCCAACUUCAUGGGGGGCCUGCCCCAAACAUCCAUCACCUGGGGCCCAGGCCAGGUGCCCAUCGCUCCCCAUUCUCUGACAUCAACCAGCAGCUGGUGAACCUGGGCUUCCCUCUGUGGCACUUGGGAGACCAGGUGGUGGAGCCUGUGAUGUCCAUUCUUCUUCUGUUCUUGGUCAUGAUGCUGGGAGUUCGAGGACUGCUGCUGGUUGGCCUUGUCUACAUGGUCUCCCAGCUGAGCCUUCGAUGACCCUGGGGAGGGCAAGGGAAGGAGAGGGAGCUCCUGAGAGAUGUGUGUGUGUGUGUGUGUGUGUGUGUUUGAAUAAAUGAGUGAGGAAUGACUAGUUGGGGGUGAGGGUUGGACCCCUCCAUUGAAGGCUUCUUCUCUUUUGGGGAAAGGUCCCCGAGGAAACAAGGAAGUGUCCAUAGCUGUCUCCCAGCCCUGCUUGGCAUCUGUCAGGAGGAGGCUUUGCCAUCAGCAGGGCUUCUGACCCAGGAGGCUUUCAGCUUCUAAUGACCCUUCCCUUUCUUAUCCUUGGAGCUGGAAGACUACAUUAGAGAAGAUGGAAGUGUUCUCUCUUAGCCUCUCCAUUAGACCAGACUGAGGCUCCCAGGGAUGGAGGUUGGAGGCUAGGUCUGUACCCAGUCCUCUAGGCCUUUCCUGUAAAACUUUCCAGCCCUGGGGAUUUUCUCUUUUCUUUCCAGCUCCAGCAAUUCCAAGGAGAAAGACCCCAUCACAGAGUCAGUGCUAAACCUUGGCUACGGGCCAAGUUCUCUUGAAACAAGACAAUGGUCUUAGAGAUGAUUUCUACUUGGCAUGUCUCAGACAAAGAAGGGGCUCAGCUUCCUGGGAGGCUGGGAAUGGGGAUGGAUUGGGGGGGGAUGGUCAAUUUCUGGGACUUCUAGGUUUUUUUCCUCCCCUCUCUAACGCCAAGCUAUAGGACUUUCUAACUCUUAAAUUCAGAAGAGAGAAUGCUUUUUAAAAAGAUUAAUUGCAGGGAUCUUAUCCUGAAAACUGGCAAAGCUUAGUGUACAGCCAGAAUGAAACCUCUAUGAGAGUGGGGGUCAUAUCUGUGUGUGUUAUGAGGGAGGUGGUAGGUAUAUAAACCUAAGGUCACUGCCUUGGGGCCAAACCACACCCUCUCUAAAGACCUUUUUCUAAGAUUUUUUUGGGGGGAGGGGCUUGGGUGGGAGUGGGGAGAGAACAGAGGUAGGUCUAGAAGUGCCUUAGCAGGCUGGUCUAGGUCUUAGAGACCAAGCAACUCUGGUACCUGUGUGUGUGAGUGUAUGCAAACCCAACAACCCCUUUUCUUCUGGGCAAGUUUCAUGGCCAAGGGCUUCCCUGGGGCCUUGUACCCACCUAUAGCCUUGGGGUAGGGAUUCUGGACCUGCUGUGGGAAGGGCAGAUAAUGGGAGACCCCAGCUACUGGGGCUGAUCAUUGACAUUCCUGGGAUGCUGGGGGAGCUCUCUGUCAGAAUAUGACUCCUUUCUCAA